AUGAACGCACUGGAAGCGAUAGAAAAAGGAAUGACAACGAGAAAAGCAGCUGAGAUAUAUCGAGUACCAAGAAGUACUCUCUAUGCGAAGCACAAGUUCAUUAUACCUGUUGAAGCUGCUAGAGGUCCAAGUACAUAUUUGACUUAUAAGGAAGAACAAACGAUUGUUGAGUGGAUAUUUUAUUGUAAUGAAAGGGGUUUUCCUGUAACAAAAAGUAUGCUUUUGCAUUGUGUGCAAAAUCUGAUUAUACAAUUAAAAAGGAAAACUCCUUUCAAAAACAAUAAACCUGGUAGACAUUGGUGGGAGGCUUUUCAAAAGAGACAUUCAGAAAUUACACAAAGAAUUGCUCAAAAUUUAAAUGCAAAUCGUGCAGCAGUAACUGAAGAUGUUCUAAGGAGUUGGUUCAGCGAAGUGCACAAACAUUUAGAAAAAGUAAAUUUAUUAGAUGUCCAUCCAUCCAGAGUUUUUAAUUUAGAUNAAAGUGNCUUUUUCUUAGUACCAAAAGCAGGCAAAGUAUUGGCACGUAGAGGAUCCAACUCCGUGUAUAAAGUGGUGCAUGGAGACGAGAAGGAGAGCAUCACUGUUCUAUUUACUGUGAACGCAGAUGGCAAAAUGCUACCACCUCUUGUACUUUUCUGGUACGAGAGAAUACCAGCGAGUAUUACCAAUAUGUUGCCUUCAGGAUGGAUUGCUGGAAGCACUGAAAGAGGUUGGAUGACGGCUGACUGUUUUUAUAACUACAUAACUACACAGUUUCAUCCAUGGCUCAUACUGAACAAAAUCCAAUUACCAGUUAUUUUAUAUGUUGACGGUCAUAGUUCACACAUGACAUAUGCUCUUUCACAAUUUUGUAAAACAACUGGAAUAGAGCUUAUAGCUCUAUAUCCAAAUGCUACACACAUACUCCAACCUUUGGAUGUAGCAGUCUUUCAUCCUGUAAAAUUGAAUUGGAAAAAAGCAAUUGAUGACUGGAGAAUUGAAAAUAAGACACAAAAAUUAAAAAGAGAAAAUUUUGCCCCAAUUUUACAAGAAACUUUGAAGUCAAUAGCAAAUUUACCGGAAAUCAUUAAAAAUGGUUUCCGAACAUGUGGCCUUCUACCAUUUACACCAAAUGCUGUGGAUUUCAAUGUUUUAAAUAAAAANAAAACCGCACAUAAGAAUAAAGAGAACAAAGAUGCACUACAUACAUUUAGCGAAGAAAAAGAAAAUAACCAAUAUCUACAUCAUCUAGAAAGUCGACUAAAUCCUGAAGACAUCCAAGACUUUGAACGUGCUGUAUCAAGUGGAAGCUUUGAAGUUUCCAAUAAAUCACAAGAAGGUUUAUUUAAAUAUUGGCUAGAUGUAAAGGGGAUAUCCUUUACAAGUGUAAAUAAUUCCAGUAAAUAUUUGUAA